CAGCAGCCGGUGUAGCCAGAGGAGCACGGGCAGGGCUUCCUGCCAGGAGCUGGGCUGCCCGGCCAUGCUCUGGGCGCUCUGGCCCAGGUGGCUGACAGGCAAGGGCCUGCCCCUCCUGGGUGCAGUGUUGCUGCGGAAGAGGGAGAAGAGGGGACCUCAGUGGAGGAGGUGGCAGCGGGAGACGCACCCAUACUAUGACCUCCAGGUGAAGGUGCUGAGGGCCAGAAAUAUCUGGGGCACAGACCUGCUGUCCAAAGCCGACUGCUACGUGCGACUGUGGCUGCCCACAGCAUCCCCCAGCCCCGCCCAGACAAGGGUGGUGGCCAACUGCAGUGACCCCGAGUGGAACGAGACCUUCUGCUACCGGAUCCACGGUGCCGUGAAGAAUGUCCUGGAGCUCACCCUCUAUGACAAGGACGUCCUGGACAGUGACCAGCUCUCCCUGCUGCUGUUUGACCUGAGGAGCCUCAAGCCCGGCCAAGCUCACAGACACACCUUCCCACUCAGCCACCAGGAUUCCCAAGAGCUGCAGGUGGAAUUUGUGUUGGAGAACAGCCAGGCGCCCGCAUCUGAAGUCAUCACCAAUGGGGUCCUGGUGGCUCAGCCCUGUCUGAGAAUCCAGGGCACCCUUGGAGGGGAUGAGACAGCCUCACAUCAAGAGUAUGGCUCCAGGCAGAUUCGGCUGGCAGUGCCUGGGGCCUACGAGAAGCCCCAGCUCUUGCCCCUGCAGCCUCCCACGGAGGCCGGCCUCCCAGCCACAUUUACCUUCCACGUGAACCCCGUGCUCAGCCCCAGGCUGGAGGUGGAGCUGGGAGAGAAGCUGAUGAUCCUGCAGAGCGGCCCGAGUGCUGAGCUGGAGGUCCAGACCAGCAGGCUGGGCGAGGGGGCCAUCCUGCUCUCCUCUCUGGCCCUAGGCCGGGAGCAGCAGCAUGUUGUGGCCCUGGGGGAGGGCCAGGAGCUGGCCGUGAGUAUGAAGGCAGAAGUGAGCUCUGGGGACCUUGACCUGCGUCUUGGCUUUGACCUUUGUGAUGGGGAACAGGAGUUUCUGCAUAAGAGGAAGCAGAUCGUGUCCAAGGCCCUGCAACAGGUGCUGGGAUUGAGCCAGGCUCCUGACAGCAGCCAGGUGCCUGUGGUGGCCGUGCUGGGUUCGGGAGGUGGAACCCGAGCCAUGUCUUCCCUGUAUGGCAGCCUGGCCGGGCUACAGGAGCUUGGCCUCCUGGACACUGUGACCUACCUGAGUGGAGUCUCUGGCUCCACCUGGUGCAUCUCCACACUCUACAAGGACCCAGCCUGGUCCCAGGUGGCCUUGCAGGGCCCCAUUGAGCGUGCCCAGGCUCGGGUUUGCAGCAGUAAAAUGGGGGCAAUGUCCACGGAACGCCUACAGUACUAUGCCCAGGAACUGGGGAUCCGGGAAAGCCAUGGCUACAGCGCUUCCCUCAUCGACCUCUGGGGCCUUCUCGUUGAAUAUUUUCUGUACCAGGAGAAAAAUCCUGCCAAGCUGUCUGACCAGCAGGAGGCGGUCAGCCAGGGCCAGAACCCUUACCCCAUCUACGCCAGCGUCAACGUCCGCAGCAACAUCAGUGGGGAAGACUUUGCAGAGUGGUGCGAGUUCACCCCCCACGAGGUCGGCUUCCCCAAGUAUGGUGCUUAUGUGCCCACCGAGCUCUUUGGCUCAGAGUUCUUCAUGGGGCGGCUGCUGCAGCUCCGACCCGAGUCGCGGAUCUGCUACCUGCAGGGUAUGUGGGGCAGUGCCUUUGCGGCCAGCCUGGAUGAGAUCUUCCUGAAGACCGCUGGCUCGGGCCUUGGCUUCCUGCACUGGUACAGAGGCAAUGUCAACACCACAGACGACUGCCAGGAGCUCCAGCUGCACGACCCAGAGAGGCUGCGAACCAGGCUCUUCACCCCGCAAGGGUCCUUCUCCCGGGCUGUGCUGGACAUAUGCACCUACCGCUUUACCUCGGCCCAGAACCCAAACUUCACCCGGGGCCUCUGCCUGCACAGGGACUAUGUGUCUGGCAGGGAGUUUGUGGCCUGGAAAGAUUCGCACCCGGAUGCCUUCCCCAACCAGCUCACUCCCAUGCGGGACUGUCUGUACCUGGUGGACGGAGGCUUUGCCAUCAACUCUCCGUUCCCGCUGAGCCUGCAGCCGCAGAGAGCCGUGGACCUCAUUCUGUCCUUUGACUACUCCCUGGAUGCCCCUUUUGAGGCCUUACAGAUGACAGAAAAGUACUGCCUGGACCGAGGCAUCUCCUUCCCCCGGAUUGAGGUGCCCCCUGAGGACUUGAAGGACCCCCGUGAGUGCUACCUGUUCGGCAAGGCCGAGGACCUGCGCUCACCCAUCGUGCUGCACUUCCCCCUGGUCAACCAUACCUUCCGCACGCACCUGGCUCCAGGUGUGGAGCGACAAACGGAUGAGGAGAAGGCCUAUGGGGACUUUGUCAUCAACGGGCCAGACACCCCCUAUGGCAUGAUGAACUUCACCUAUGAGCCCCAGGAGUUUGAGCGGCUGGUGGCCCUGAGUCGAUACAACGUUCUGAACAAUGUGGAGACCGUGCGGCAGGCCCUCCGGCUGGCUCUGGACCGACGGCAGGCUGGGGACAGGGCUGGAGGCUGACCCAGGCUGGAGGCGGGACAGAGGAGGGACCACGGGCUCCAGACCAGGGCUUGGUAGAAGGAGGGGUGGUAGACCCUGCGGGGCUUCUGCUUUCUACGUCGCUGGGAUCUGCCUUGAGGUCCCCCACCCAGAAUGCUCCUGCAGGAAUGCUGCCUGGAUUAGGGGCAGGGGCCUUCUCCCAUGUGUUUCCGGGAGGAGGUGGGGCCGUAUGUCUCUCCCAGGGCUCUGGGGGAUGUGGGGCACACCUGAGCAGUGUUCAUUGCCAUUGGAGUGUGUAGAGCGAAUCAGGCAAGAAUCUAGCCCUAGGGCCCUCGGCAAACACAGAAGGACCUCAGAGGGCCCAGGUCUUCAGUCUCUCAACAGGAUGGGCGCUGUGAGAGCCGAGGUGCAGGCUACCGUCCUUAACUGAGACCAGAAGCAAAGAUGCAUCCACCCAAUCCACACUUCCUGCAAACAGCCCCAGCCCUGACCACCCCCCACUGCCCAGCUCCCGGAUGCGGUGCUGAGGGCAUCAAGAAUAAAGGGGCACCAGGUGGGGUUGCCAGCCUGGGUCACUAACUCCAUGGUCCUGCCUGUUAAUCCCUCUGCACUUCGGGCCUCCCCUGUUCCCCGUCAUGGCUCCCCACCCUUCUCUGCUCAGCCUCCUUAAGGCUGUGGGAUGAUAUCCCAUCCUGGCUGGGCUCCAGCUGGGGGGUCCUCCUGCUAAUUACUCAUCUUUGCUCUUUAAAUUGGGUCACAUUCUCUUAUCAGCGGUACAGCUGCCACCUCCUGCAAAUAGUCUCACCGUUCCCAGAAGCUAAAGGGGCGUGUCUAGAGGGCAUAUCCAUUUAUCAGGGGCGUGUGUGUUCCUGGUGGGGGUGGCCCGUGAGCGCCUGGCAGCUGCUAGGGACAGGCGGUGGUAGGGGGAGGCUGGCUGGGAUCUCAAAGGCCUGGGUUCCUUUUUCACAGAUGUAUCCCACAAUCUGGGCGAUCUGUUUCUCUCUCCCCCUGCUUAUCACUUCUGACCCACCAGCCACCUUCCAAAUAUCUGGAGUCUCUGCAGCAUGGGCAGAUUUUAAGUCUGUGAAGAGGAGAUCCAUGCUGACUGGGCUUGGUGUAGGGGUCUUCAGGUCUUCUCCCUGUGGUGGGGGCCUCUGUGGCCUCUUUCUCCUCAUCACCGCCUCCCCCCCCCCCCCCCCCCCCCACACACACACAUGCUCUCCAGGGUCAAAGUCACCAUUCCUCUUCUAAUCAGGGAACCUAUGUGUCAGAGCCUUACCCAUCCUGACUCUGAGAAGAAGACUCUAGUUCUGGCUCCCAGUUGGGAGGAAGGUUUCUAGAUCCCAGGCCCCUGUGCCCCAGCCUGACCUGGGACCCCAGCCCUCCACCUGGACAGGAACCGGGAGGGCUGAGGGAGCUGAGCCUCAAAAGAGCCAGUGCUUUUGGCUGCAUGGGGUGGGGCAGCUUGUUUUUCUCCUUUCCACUCACCAGGGACAAUUGCUCUUGAGAUAAGCUAUCUGAAUAGCUGAUGUUUACACAUCUUUUGUGACUCUUUAUCCUUUGACCUGCAGUCUUCCUUUUGGGUUUAUCUUUCUUUUUGUCAGAGUGCAAAAUUGAAUACUUCUAUGGUGGAGGACCUUCUGAGACCUGAUGUGUCUGGGAUUGUCUUUUCUUGCUCUGACUUAACAAUAGCCUGGAUAAGGGUAGAAUUCUUGGUUCUGGCUUACAUUUACUCAGAUUUUAAUGCCUCUUUGCAUUGGAUAUUGCCUAUGGGCAGUCAGAUGUCAGCUGAAUUCUCAUUCAUUGUAGCUAAUUUAUCUUUACCUAAUUUUUAGGGUUUUCUCUUUGUCUUUGAUUUUCAAGUUUCACUAUGAUUUUUCUAAAGUGUGAACUUAAAAAAAAAAUCAGUGAGCUCUUUUGAUUUCAAGAUUCAUAUCUUUUUGAAGCUCUAAGAAAUUAUCUACCAAUUUUAUCAAAACACUAUUCUUCAUUCUCUCUAUCUGGAUUCCUAUUAAAUAGAUAUUGAAAUAUAUGAAUCGAUCCUCUGUAUCCCUAAACUUUCUUUUACACAUUGUAUAUUUUUCAUUUGUGCUGCAUUCUGGGUAUUUUCUUUGCAUGAUUUUAUGGUUCACAAAUACAUUCUCCACCUGUGUCCAGUCUGCUUCUCUAUGUGUAUUAUGGGGGGUUUUGUUUAACUUUUGACUGUCACAUUUCCCUGUUUAAGUUCCCUAAUGGGAUCUUCCAAAACUACCUGUUUUCAUUACAAGGAAAUGCUUCACCAUUUACCUCAGAUGGUGUUAAUAUGUGCAUUGUAUGGUUUUUUCCUGAUUGUUAUGUGAACAGUUUCCUUGGGGUAUGUUCUUUGUUGCGUCUCCUUCAUGGGCUUUGCCUUCUUUAUGUAAUUGGUAAUUUUUUUUUAAGAACUUUUAUUGAGAUACAGUUAACACACAAUAAACUGCAUAUAUUUAGAGUGUACAAUUUGGUAUCCCAAUCUCCCAGUUCAUUCCCCCCCAACCCUCCCCGCUUCCCCCAAUUGGUGUCCAUAUGCUUGUUCUCUACAUCUGUGUCUCUAUUUCUGCCUUGCAAACCGGUUAAUUGGACCAUUUUUCUAUAUUUUACAUCUAUGUGUUAAUAUAUACUACCAAAUAUGUAUUAGGUAAUUGUUGAUUGUCAUCUCGUCUCUGAGAGGGUUGUGUACAAGCUCUGGGCUGUGACGGCUCCUGGUCAGGUCACCGGCCAUGCAAUGGCAUGGUGACCUUCAGGUGGCAGUGUGGGACUUGGGGAGGAGGCUGAAGGGAUGUGGUUCCAGGGGCCUUCAGAGCCUUGAAGUGAUGUUAUGAAUUUAUUAAUCUAUAUUUAUAUCUAAUGGGUUUGGUGCUUUGAGGGGUAACUAAAAUAUGACAAAAGAGAAUUCCAGUUUCAAGAUGAAAGACAGAAGACAGGCUGAGAUCAUGCCCCAGCAUUUAAAAAAAUUAACGAUUUUCAAUUACACAGUAAAUUUUCUGAAUUUGUCUUUUUAAGAAAUAAUUUAAGUUCAAUCAGCAACUAUAUAUCCCAAAUAAUAAAAAA